UCUCUCUUCGGGUUAGUUCAAGAUGGCAGACCAGAGGCAACGUUCGCUCUCUACGUCUGGAGAAUCGUUAUACCACGUGCUGGGCUUGGACAAGAAUGCCACUUCAGAUGAUAUCAAAAAGUCAUACAGGAAACUUGCAUUGAAAUACCAUCCUGAUAAAAACCCUGAUAAUCCAGAGGCAGCAGAAAAAUUUAAAGAGAUCAAUAAUGCACACGCAAUAUUGACCGAUGCUACAAAGCGAAACAUUUAUGAUAAGUAUGGUUCUCUGGGUCUGUAUGUAGCAGAGCAGUUUGGUGAAGAAAAUGUGAACACAUACUUCGUGCUAUCCAGCUGGUGGGCGAAGGCCUUGUUCGUGUUGUGUGGGCUGGUCACAGGCUGCUAUUGCUGCUGCUGUCUGUGCUGCUGCUGUAACUGCUGCUGCGGGAAGUGUAAACCUAAACCUCCUGAGGGUGAGGAGCAGGAGUACUACGUCUCUCCAGAGGACUUGGAGGCACAGUUGCAGUCAGAUGAAAGGGAGGCCUCAGAUGCACCUAUUGUGAUACAGCCAGCAUCAGCCACAGAGACAACCCAGCUCACAGCCGACUCUCACCCCAGCUACCACACCGACGGAUUUAAUUAAGUUAAGAAACACUGUAAUUAACAUGGA